GUCACUUCUUAUUUCCAUUUAAGACACACAACAGAAAAGACGUAAAGUGUACUCAGACCUCAGCGGUCCGAGAUGAUCCUCUUCACCUGCAUUGUGGGACUGCUGUCCUGUCAGGUACAAGCUUGGUCUCAGCCUCGGAUAAAGGUAAACGGUCAAGAUCCAGGUGAAUCUGAUGUGGUCAUCGAUGCUGGUUCUCUUCUCGUUCUGACUUGUGAGGGUGAUGGUCCGGUGAAUAUUAUUCCUCGGUUAGCCAAAUUCAAAUCAUACAGCAAGGCUAAUGGGAACAUCUGCACCUUUGCUGUUCAAAAAGCCACCUCCCAGUUCACAGGCACAUAUAAGUGUGUGUACACUAGCGGAAAGUUUUCCAACUCAUCUGUGUACAUAUUUGUAAGAGAUUCCAAUUUUCUUUUUGAGACCCCAACGUUUCGGCAAAUUUCAAAGAAGGAAGGAGAGGACGCCCUCAUUCCCUGCCUUCUUACUGACCCUGCAGCCACUGAUGUUCAGCUCCUAAUGAAGAAUGGUUCUCCACCACCUGCCAAAAUGAACAUAACUUAUGACCCCAAAAAAGGAAUGACGAUUCGGAGUAUCCAGGUUUCUUUCAGUUCACAUAUCAUCUGCAGUGCCAAGAUAGGAGGAGUAAUGAAGGGGUCCCCAGUCUUCAAUUUACAAGUCACCAAUAGAGCCUAUUUUCCACCCAGUGUCUCACUGCAAAGUCAUGAGCACAUUCGACUGGUUGGAGAGAGACUAGAGAUUAUUUGUUCCACCAGUAACCGUAACUUCAACUACAAUGUCACUUGGAAGCACUCAUCACGUUUGCAGUUACCAAAGCCAGAGAUGAAGCCUUCAUGGGAAGCUGAAAGAGUAUUAAUCAAGAGUACAUUGAUUCUGCCAUCAGUUACCAUGUCUGACUCGGGUAAUAUCACCUGUAUUGGAACUAAUGCAGUUGGUGUCAACAGCUCCACCACACGCCUGCUGGUUGUAGAUGAGCCAUACCUCAGGCUGUCCCCUGAGCUGGCCCCCCAUUUGAUCCAUGAGGGUUUGUCUAUUGAUGUCUAUGAGGGGCAGGAUGUAGAGCUAAAGGUGAACAUAGAGGCUUAUCCACAAAUCACUUUUAGCCAGUGGGAGGGACCAACGCUUCACAGCAACUCACACCACGAAAUCAUCAGUAAUAGCAGGGAUGAAACAGUGCUGCAUCUAAAAAGACUGAACGUCAAGGAACAGGGCAAAUACACCUUUUAUGCGAACAGCGGCAAAGCUCAUGGCUCCACAACAUUUAGCAUUCAUGUUUAUGAGAAGGCGGUUAUUGUGGACAAAAGAAGGAAUGAAAGUUCCUUAAUAUGCAAAGCAUCUGGCUACCCAACUCCCAUAAUCCACUGGUUUCAGUGUGAAGGAACCAGACCAACGUGUUCAGAUAAUUCCACAAACUUGGAGACUCACCAGUUGUUUACAGCUGACACAGUGGAGGUAAAGAAAGACGAGUUUGGACCAGUGGAAGUGGAAAGCUUUAUAACUGUCACACCAUCCUAUCACAAGUUGACCAUCGAGUGUGUGGCAUCAAAUUUAAUUGGACAAGACAGCAAUGCAUUUCCUAUAGACCGCUCUGAGAAACUGUUUACUUCAACAUUGAUUGGAGCAAUAUGUGUGAUGGUUGUUCUCCUUCUAUUUCUCCUAAUUCUCAUCUACAAGUAUAAACAGAAACCUAAAUAUGAGAUUCGGUGGAAGAUCAUUGAAGCCACAGAUGGGAACAACUACACAUUUAUCGACCCCACUCAGCUUCCCUAUAAUGAAAAAUGGGAAUUUCCAAGAGACAAACUUAAAUUAGGAAAGAUUCUGGGCUCAGGGGCAUUUGGGAAAGUGGUGGAGGCUACAGCGUAUGGUCUGGGGACAGAGGACAAUGUGACCCGUGUGGCUGUGAAGAUGCUCAAAGCCAGUGCCCAUUCAGACGAGAAGGAGGCUCUUAUGUCCGAACUAAAGAUUCUUAGUCAUCUUGGACAACACAAGAAUAUUGUUAACCUGCUGGGAGCCUGCACACAUGGAGGUCCUGUGCUGGUCAUCACUGAGUACUGCUGCCAUGGCGAUCUUCUAAAUAUUUUGCGUCAUAAAGCGCAGAGCUUUUUAAACUGUGUGGUUUCCAUCCCUGAGGAUAGAAGCAGCUAUAAGAAUAUCUCUACUGACAAGAUGUAUUUUAGAAGUGACAGUGGGAUUUCCAGCAUUUGCUCAGACUCUUACUUGGACAUGAAGCCUCUAGUGCCCAGAUCUCAGUCUGCACGCAUUCCUUCCUGCAGUCAAGAAGGAGAUCUGUUGGAAAUGGAUGACCUACUCAGAUUCUCCUACCAGGUGGCCCAGGGACUCGAGUUCCUGGCAGCUAAAAAUUGUAUUCACAGAGACGUUGCCGCCAGGAACGUUCUUCUGACAGAUGGGGGUGUGGCUAAAAUCUGUGACUUUGGACUAGCCCGUGACAUCAUGAAUGAUUCGAACUAUGUGGUCAAAGGAAAUGCUCGUUUGCCUGUUAAGUGGAUGGCUCCAGAAAGUAUCUUUGAGUGUGUGUAUACGGUACAGAGUGAUGUUUGGUCGUAUGGUAUUCUUCUGUGGGAGAUCUUCUCUCUGGGUAAAAGCCCAUAUCCAAACAUGCUGGUGGACUCCAAGUUUUACAAGAUGAUAAAGUGUGGCUAUCAGAUGUCCCGUCCUGACUUUGCCCCACCUGAGAUGUAUACCAUCAUGAAAAACUGCUGGAACCUGGAACCUACAGAACGGCCGACAUUCAGUAAGAUCGUUCAGCUCAUCGAGAGACUGCUUGGAGAAAUGUCAGAUGAGUAUCAGAACCUGAAGACAGAAGAACUGGAUGAGGAGCAGCUGGAGGCCUGUGAUAAAACUGAUGAAGAAUCAUGUGAGCAGGAGGAAGAUGAGCAGCCCCUGAUGAAAGCCAACAACUAUCAGUUUUGCUAAGACUUGAAUAAACUUUGUUUUAAGGAUACUUCAAGGUGCUAGAGUCACAGGAAAAAUAAAUCCAGGGUCAAAUUCAGUGUAAAGGCUAAGUCCUCACUGAUUCUAGUCUCUUUUACAUUCAGUGAAGACAUGUGUUUAUAAUUGGAUGAUCUGCGGGUUCUGGCAGAUUUAUGUCAUAUCCUUUGUCUGACUCGCUUAGUGUUGAAUAGCAGUUCCCUUUUCAUACGUGUGUGAAAAGAAAAAAAAGCCAAUUCAGCAUUUAAAAUGUCCAGUUAAGAAGCAAGCUUGCAAAGUUCACUUCCACAUUUUUUUUUCCUCAGAGUUUUUCUUGAAAUGUGGGGAAAAAAAAAAUCAGGGACAUUCUGUUCUUAUUCAUAUCUACACAUUUUUAAAGCAUUUUUACAAGUUUGGUGCAAUUCUUUAUCAUGAACAAAUCCAUGUAAUGUGCAUUAAUUGCUUUUGGGUUUUAAAAGAUCUAGAACCAUGUUUAACAGGAGUGUAUAUCUGUGAUUCAUCAUGGAAUAUGAUUUAUAACUAGAUUAAAAAACUUUUAAAAUCCACUUAUUUAUGACAUGUAUCACAGUUUUCUGUUCUUUCAUCAGAUAUUUCUUUUUGUCUAUUAAAACUGUAUAUUAUGUAUAUGUGCAUUUGAUGUAGCACAACGCAAACACUGCCAUGUGUAAAUUUCUCAGCUUAUGGGACAUAAGUUGUCAGUCGUGGUCUAUGACAUGUGGUCUACACGUGGAUUACACGUAAUCAUUCUAAUUUCAUGAAGAGUUUAAAUCACACCAGGUGACCUGAAAAUGCUUCCACUAAAGUUCUCAUUUAACUGUUGAAUAUUUCAUGUUAUAGUUCUAUAAAGGUUCAUAUCCAAUUUCCUGGAACUUUUAUCUGUUCAGGUGACUUUGCUAGUCUGUGUUUUUCUCAGCCAAUUUGUCAUAAGCUAUUCAGAAAAGUUAAGAAAACAUUGCAAAGAUUAAGGAGUAUUAUUAUUAUUAUUAUUUACUAGGGCUGUUAUCUUGUGCAUUAGCACAGCUGUGAUUGUUGUUAUGGCACAUGUUUAAAACAAAAAAAAGAGAACAAAUGCAGUGACUGAAAUGAAUAUAAUGCUUUAGCAAUGUAUUGUAAUCAUGAACUGUUUGUUGAUUUAGUAUUUGCUCUUAAUCGAUCAGUAAAUGAAUUAAUUGUACAUUUUGAGGCAGCAUGUAAGAAAGCACAAUACCAAAAUAAUCUUAAACGUUAUAAAUCCUUGAAAUAUGGACAAUCACAAUAACAAUAAAAGUUGUUCAUUCGUA